AAAUAUCCCCUUUUAACUUAGCAACAAUACAAUAUCUCUCUGUUUCAAACUCCAUAUGGAUUCUCAAUAUUCUCUUCUUCAACCUCUCAAUAUGCUUUUCUUUUUCACACUUCCUCUUCUGUUUCUUCUUACACUGCUUUUCCCACCUUUCCGGCGAAAACUACCCUUACCACCCGGCCCAAAAGGCCUCCCCUUCAUCGGUAACAUGCUGAUGAUGGAUCAGCUCACCCAUCGUGGACUCGCCCGUCUCGCCGCCCGCUACGGCGGAAUCUUCCAUAUGCGCAUGGGCUUCCUUCACAUGGUUACCGUCUCCAACCCCGAUAUCGCACGCCAAGUUCUUCAGGUACAUGAUGGUAUUUGUUCUAACCGUCCUGCCACCAUUGCCAUAGCUUACUUAACAUACAACCGUGCCGACAUGGCUUUCGCUCAUUACGGCCCAUUCUGGCGGCAGAUGCGUAAGCUUUGCGUCAUGAAAUUAUUCAGCCGGAAGCGAGCUGAAUCGUGGGAGUCUGUUCGAGAUGAGGUGGACAACACCAUUGGAAAAGUUGCUGUCCGGACAGGAACCGCCGUGAACAUCGGGGAGCUAGUGUUUGAGCUGACAAGAGAUAUUAUUUAUAGAGCCGCUUUUGGAACUAGCGCGGAGCAAGGUCAAGACGAGUUUAUAAGAAUCUUGCAAGAAUUCUCUCAACUUUUCGGAGCUUUCAAUAUCACGGAUUUUAUUCCGAUGCUCGGUUGGAUUGACCCUCAAGGCUUAAACAACAGGCUUGUGAAGGCUCGUCGAUCGCUCGAUAAAUUUAUCGACUCCAUAAUCGACGAUCACACAAAUAGAAAAAAAACCACAUCUAAAUUACCAAAUUACGUCAAAGACCAUGAGAUUGAUAGUGAUAUGGUGGAUGAGUUACUGGCUUUUUACAGUGAGGAUUCAACAGCAUCAAAUACAUCGGAGGAUCUACAAAAUAAUUUCAAACUCAACCGUGACAACAUCAAAGCUAUCAUCAUGGAUGUUAUGUUUGGUGGAACGGAGACGGUAGCGUCGGCGAUAGAGUGGGCCAUGUCGGAGCUAAUGAGAAGCCCAGAAGAUUUAAAGAAGGCCCAGCAAGAACUCGCCCAAGUCGUUGGUCUCGAACGACGUGUCGAAGAAUCCGACUUCGAGAAUUUGACCUUUUUCAAAUGCUGCCUCAAAGAGACUCUUCGCCUGCACCCGCCGAUCCCGCUCCUCCUCCACGAGACAGCGGAGGAUGCGGUGGUCGCUGGCUACUUCAUUCCGGCGAAAUCUCGGGUCAUGGUGAACGCGUGGGCCAUCGGGAGGGAUCCGGCGUCAUGGGACGACGCCGAAACAUUCCGGCCGGCGAGGUUUCUGGAACAGGGAGUCCCGGAUUUUAAAGGGAACAAUUUCGAGUUCAUUCCGUUCGGGUCGGGUCGUCGAUCUUGCCCCGGAAUGCAAUUGGGUUUGUACGGACUUGAGAUGGCGGUGGCCCACUUGUUGCACUGUUUCAAUUGGGAACUGCCCGACGGGAUGAAGCCAAGCGAAAUGGACAUGACCGAUUCCUUCGGGCUCACCGCUCCGAGAGCGACCCGGCUUGUGGCGGUGCCCACGAAACGGGUUCUGUGUCCACUUCCGUGAAGGACAAUUUAGGAAUGGAAUCUUUUAUUUUAAUUACCAAAACUAUUAAUAAUAAUUAUAAGAAAACCAAAAACAAAAACAAUAAUAAAGGAAUGAGCAAAAAUCACAUUUGAAAAUCAAGCUGGGUUUGAUGAUUGUGUAUAUGGAUGUAAAAAUGUCCAUUUCAAUCUUUUUUUUCUUUUUUUUUUUUCAUUUUAAUCAACCAGUAAUUGUAUUUUGCGUUUAUGGACUCCUUUUUUAUCCUUUGAAUAAAUUGAAAAUGAUUAAUUGGUUUUU